AUGAUAGAUUGUAAUAAUAUUGAAAAUAAUAAUAAUAAUAAUAAUAUCGAUUAUAUUGAUAAUUGUAAUAGUAAUAAUAUUAAUAAUAAUAAUAAUAAUAAUAAUAAUAAUAAUAAUAAUAAUGAGGACACAAAAAAUAAUCAUCCAAAUAAUAUAUACAUACAAUCAAAUAGCCCUCAAAUAAAUGACCAAUCACAAAAUGAAGUUUCACAAGAUAAUAAUAAUAUAAAUUGUAAUAGUAGUAAUAAUAGUGGUAAUAAUAAUAAUAAUAACAAUAAUAAUAAUAAUAAUAAUAAUAAUAAUAAUAAUAAUAAUAAUAAUAGCAGUAGUAAUGAACAAGUCAAAAAUAGUGAUAGUAAUACAAUUUAUAAAAGUAAAAUUAAUUAUUUAGUUUCAAUUUCACAAAACUUUGAAAAGGAAUUAUCUGAGGCCUAUAAAAAUUCAGUUGAGAUUUUAAAAAAAAAAAAAAAGGAAUUGAAAAAGAAUUUAAAUAAAAAUGAAAAGAUAAAUAGUGAAACAAAUGAUGAGAGUGAUAAUGAUGAAAAUAUUUUAAAUGAUCAUUCAAGUGAUGGAGUAAGUUCUCCAAGAUUAAAUUUAUCAAAAACAAAUUCAAUAACCACUACACUUAAUACAACUACAACAGUUUCUUCAGUUACUUCAUCAACAACCACAGAUAACACAUCUACUUCAACUCAAACCACUACUUCUCCUUCCUUCUAUACAACUGCCACUACCAAUGCCACUAUUAAAGCUGCUUCAGUUAUUUCAUUUUUCAAAUCAUAUAAAAAUAGUUUUACAAAUAAUAAUAAUAAUAAUAAUAAUAAUAAUAAUAAUAAUAAUAAUAAUAAUAAUAAUAAUAAUAAUAAUAAUAAUAAUAAUAAUAAUAAUAAUAAUAAUAAUAGUAUUGAUAGUAAUAAUAUUGAUAGUAAUAAUAUUGAAAUAGAAAAAAAAGAAAUUAAGAUAACAGGUGAUCAAGUUGCUCAUCAAACAAUAGUUGAAGAGAGUAAAAAUCUAUCAGAACAAGCAAGUUCAUCCAUGUCAGUGAUUACAGAGUUAUUAAAUAAAUUAUUUUUAAAAAAAUAUAGAAAAACAGAUUUAUUAAUGGGUUUAGCAUUAUUAAAAGGUUAUUAUAAAGAAAAUAUAAAUAGAAAUUGGAUUUUAAUGACAGAUAAAGAAAAAUUUAAAGAAGCAGCAAGAUAUUUUAAAUUUAGUACUGCAGCAUAUGGUAGAAAAUAUUAUUAUGGUUUAUUAGGUGAAGGUAUAAAAAAAGUUAAAAGUUUAGUUGGUACAGAUAAUUCAAAUGUUGAAAUUAUUAUUGAACAUUGUGGUGUAAAGAAAGAAGAUAUCAUAGUGUGUAAAUGGUCAUCAUCAAGAUAUAGUCCGGGUCAUUUCUUAGUAUUGGAUCAUGAAAUGAAAACAUUGGUCUUUGCCAUUAGAGGAACUUUUAAUUAUUUAGAUGUAAUUACAGAUUUAGUAGCAAAAGCAUAUAAUUAUAGGGAUGGUGCAGCUCAUUUAGGAAUUUUAUUAUGCGCACAUAUGAAAAUGAAAGAAAUGUAUCAAUUGAUUUGUAAAACUUUACAUGAGAAUCCAGGUUAUAGACUAAUAACCACAGGUCAUUCAUUAGGUGCUGGUGUUGCUUCACUUUUUACAAUCUUAUUCAAUGAUGUAAAUCCUGAAAUUCCAAUUCACUGCCUUUCAUAUGGUGUACCAUGUAUUCUCUCAAAAGAAGUUGCAUCACAUUCAAAAAUCAAAUCAUUGGUUACUUCAUAUUGUAUGAAUGAUGAUAUCAUUCCAAGACUUUCUUUCAAUUCUGUCUUUUAUCUUAGAGAGGUUAUCGAUGCAAUCUUACUUCAAAGCAAUAACAAAACUCACCAAUUGUUUCAUCUAUUUAAUGCUGGGAAUAAUUUGGGUGAUAAUUUAACAAAUAAACUUAGCAAAAUGUUAAAAGUAACUCCUGUCAUAAAUUUAUCAAGAGUUGAUCAUGUUCCAUCUGGUGAAAUUUCACUUUUCCCACCUGGUGAAUUAUAUCGUCUUGUAAAAUAUACAAAAGACUCUUAUAUUUGUGAAAAUGAAGAACAUCAAACCUAUGAUAAAAUUAUUGUAUCAACUACUAUGUUAACUGAUCAUAUGCCAAAUGAAUAUGAAAGAGGUUUUCGAUCAACAAUUUUUGAUAUAAAUUUAAAUCAAAAUCAAAAUCAAAAUCAAAAUCAAAAUCAAAAUCAAAAUCAAAAUCAAAAUCAAAAUCAAAAUCAAAAUCAAAAUCAAAAUCAAAAUCAAAAUCAAAACAAUAAUGAUAAUAUUAAAAAUAAUGAAAAUAUAAUUCAAAUUGAAAGUCCUACAAUUGAAACUCAUAUUUUAAAUCAACCAAUUGAAACUCCAAUUUUAAAUCAACCGAUUGAAACUUCAAUUUUAAAUCAACCAAUUGAAACUUUAAUUUUAAAUCAACCAAUUGAACCAAUCAUUUCCUCAGUUUCUAAUUAA